AUGCUUUCCAAUAGCACGAGGGAUCCCGACACCCGCCGCUUCUUCAGCCACCUGGACCAGAAGAUGUACAAAAUCCACCUCUCGGAGAUCCACGGUCGCUUGUGCAUCGGAUCCUCCGAGGGGUGGCUGAUCACCGUCGACGAGCUCUCGGAGCUUCACGCUCUCAAUCCGCUCACCAGGGCAUCCUUGGCUCUCCCAUCCGUCGCCACGUUCUUCGACAUCGCCGGUAUCGUCCGUGACUCUGACAGCCGCAUCACCGACUAUGUCAUUGGCUAUGAUAACCUGGGGGAGGUGCCGUAUGAAGUGGAGCACAUGCGCUCGUACUACUAUUUGAAGGCAAUCCUCGACCACUCCUCUGCAGCUGUGGCGGUCAUCCACGGAGAAUUCAACGAUCUGUCAUUCGCGCACGCUCCAACCACCAGUUCCGCGGAUCUUCUGGGACAUCAUCUUUCGCAAGGUGCUGGAGGAUGGAUCUACUUGAUGCUUGGCUUGUGCCAAGAUAUCUGGGCAGCAAACUGCAUGCAGAUUUUGAACGGCUACAGAAAUGAAAAGGCAUUGUGA